AUGUGGGGUCUCGCGCGACCGUUAACGGCSGCGGUCGCUUCGCGCGCGUCGGGCAGAACGUUAACGGUCGUUGCGCGCGCGCCGGGCCGGCCGUUGCCCGUCGCGGCCGCUAUGUGCGGGCCGAGCAGGCCGUUCACGGUCGCCGCGCGCGUGCCGAGCCGGCCGUUAACGGUCGCGGCGGCGGCGGGGGCGCCGAGCGGGAGCCCCGGCGGGUGGUACGAGUGGCUGGCGCAGUCGGCGCCCGUGCACUGGGCGGAGGAGGGGCUCGUGGCGCUGCAGGGCGCCUCGGCGCUGCCGUGGUGGGCGGCCAUCGUGUGCGGCGCCGCUGCGCUCCGCUCCGCCGUCACGCUGCCGCUCGCCGCGCACCAGAGCCGCCUGCUGGCCAAGUUGGAAAAUUUGCAGCCUGAAAUUAAGAAACUAGCCGAACGCCUUCGAUAUGAAGUUUCUGUUCGUGGAAAGCAGCUGGGUUGGUCUGAAAAGGUUGCCAGGUUCCAUUUUAAGAAGAAUCUACGGAGGAUUAUUACAGAACUGUACAUCCGAGACAACUGCCACCCCUUUAAAGCCACUUUACUGAUGUGGGUGCAGAUUCCAAUGUGGGUCUGCGUGUCCCUUGCUUUGCGCAACUGCAGUGUCGGUGCCACAGACUCAAAAGUACAAGAACAGUUUUCAACAGGUGGCACRUUGUGGUUUACAGAUCUCACAGCACCAGAUCCUACUUGGAUUUUGCCUGUUAUACUUGGGCUUAUGAAUUUGAUGAUAGUGGAGAUCUUUUCUUUGCAAAAACUGAAAGCUACGAGGUUCCAGAAAUUAGCUACGAAUUUCUUUCGAGUAGUGUCAAUAAUUAUGAUCCCUAUUGCUGCAACUGUGCCCUCGUCCAUGGCGUUGUACUGGUUGUCAUCRAGUUUCAUGGGACUCUCACAUAACCUGUUGCUCCGUUCUCCGACCUUUCGUCAACUGUGCUGCAUACCAAGGACCAAAUCUGACUCAGACACUCCUUACAGGGAUAUUGUCUCUGCYUUGACUGCCAAAUACUGUUUUAAGAAAUGAUGUGUUUUUGAUCUCUUGAAAGAGCUCUCCCCCAGAUAUAGCAUGAGUAAUUAAGAAGUAAUGUUUUAUUGAAAUGUACUUACUGUAAAAUACUGCAUCUGGAGUUAUAUUUAUUCUCUGAAUAAAAUGUUGACCAUCUGUUUGGC